AAAAAGAAAGGAACGGAGAACUCGUUACCAAUUUAAAAUUACACGCUCUCUCCUCCUCUGUCAGAACUGUCAAUGGCUUCCGACGCCGCCAAACAACGGCGGCCACCUCCAUCAGCGCCGCCGCGAACCCUAGACGUCCGAAAAUAUGCCGAGUCACGAGCCACCGAGUUGGAUUCUCUCCACUCAAUCAUCUCCAAUCGUCUUAACAAUGACUUCCGUUCUCAGCGUAACAAGCGCCGCCGUACUACCGGAUUUGAUUUCAAGCGCCGGCGUAAAGGGAAGUCGUCAAAAUCCGGAGAUAAGGUGAAAGAAAAUGAAAUGGAGGAGAAGAAGGUGCCUCGAAGAGUUCGUAGGAGGAUUGAGCUGACGAAGAACAAUCUGGAAGUAGGGUUUAGUACCUCAGGAGAUGGGACAAAGAGGUUGAGAACUCAUGUUUGGCAUGCUAAGCGCUUCACAAUGGACAAAUUCUGGGGAUUUUAUCUUCCCCUUGGAUUGCAUGGAAGUGGAAAGGGGUCGAGGGCCCUUUUGAAGUGGUACAAACAAGGGGCUGUUGUGCACGAUGCGAGCUACUACAGUGCUGUUCAGUUGGAGGGUCCAGAGGACGCCUUGGUAUCAAUUCUAAGCAUAUUACUAGUUCCCUCCGCAAUAGAUCGUUCAGAAGAUAUAUGCAAAAGAUUGCUUUCUGGAGAAAUAUACGGACGUGCUAUGCUUCACCAUGCCAGGCAGGAUGGUUAUAAAGCAAUUUGUCCUGUGACCUUUAUGUGGCGGCCAUUCCAUCAGCAUGAUAAUGCUGACACCAAAGAAAGAGGAACUGAUGCAAAUAUGGAGAUUGAAUCAAGCUCUCACUUACGUCAGCUUUGGAUAUGGAUGCAUCCCUCAGCUUUUGGUGAAGGGCUUGAUUGUUUAAAGCUCGCUUGUCAAAAAAUGACGAAUGAGAGGGGUGUUGCGGUUAGUUGCACGUCCCUUGAUGGGCAGCUAGGAAUAUUAGAAGUCAUGGGACUGCGAGCAUUUCAGCUUCUUCAAAAGAUAUUGCAUCCUGUUAUUCUUGAUAAAGAUGGAUGUGAAAUCAAGCAGAAGAGCAACCUUGAAAAGGAAGAAUCCUUUUCUUCUGGUGCAGCUGUAUUACUUACAGUUGUUGAUCCACGUUCUUCAUUUCACGAAAGGUCUGCAGAAGUUUCAGAUGCGCAUUUAUCCAAUGACCUACGUGGCUCAAUGGAAGACAAAAGUGAAGAAAACUCUACAGAGAACCUGCUUAUGAAGAAAGAGGUAUUUUCUACCUUGCAGACAAAAUAUGACAGCAAUGCCUCUUUAUCUAACUGCAAGGACUUGUGGGAUGCCAGUAAUGGGGUCCAUCCACCUGUGGAAGAACAUAUACUCUGUUUGGAGAAGCAUCAAAAGUCUUUGGAUUUCUUUUGCCUAAAGGAUACAUCAAAGAAGUUUGUGUCUGCUGAGGGUCACUUCUCGAGAUUUUGUCCAAUUAUGUUACUGAGAAGAGCCGAUGAGGCAGGCCUGCUUAAUGGAUGGUCUAUUAUACUCCCUAUUUGUUGGGUUAAGGCUUUCUGGAUUCCUCUCAUUUCUGGUGGAGCUCAUGCCAUAGGUUUGAGAGAGAAACGUUGGAUUUCUUCUGAUGUAGGCUUGCCUAUUUUUCCGUCAGAUUUUCCAGACUGCAACGCAAACUCCUGUUCAUUGGAAAGAGAAGCAGCAGCUGCUGACAAAGCAUUGAUAAAUUGUCCUCCUGAAACAAGGCCCUUGAAAAUUCCUAUACAACUUCCUUGGAAUAGCAAGUGGUUUUCUUUCAACAGAGGAGGUAGAGAAGGUGAUGAAAUUGACUUUUCUAGUAGUAUCAGGGGUGAUAGAGAUCAUUCAGCUGAUAUAGAAAGAAAGCUUAAUGACACUAUGCUUGUUAAUAAUGGGAGUGAUUCUGAAGUAUUUGUGGCAAGGACAUCCGGAAUGCUGACUUCUUUCUUGGAAGAAAUAUCUGGUGACAAUUUACUAUUGUUCCCCAAAGGUCUAGACAAACCGAGUUUAUCACAUUUAAUGAUGAAAGAUGCCAAGAUUGGUGCCUCAAACCUGGCCACUUUGACGUGUGACAAAGAAAGAUUGUGUUACCUCAGAGUUGUCUUACAUGCUUUUAAGGAAGGUGUUUUCGAAGAGGGAUCAGUUGUUUGUGCGCCUCGUUUUUCAGAUGUAACAUUGUUGAACUCCAGGACAGAGAACAACGAGAGCCUCCAAGUGCCUCAUGCUUUUGUUGGCUCAUACUUCAAAGAGCUACCUUGCGGUAAGUGGGAAUUUCAGUUGCCCGAGGACCCUGCUGCUAGGGAAGCUUAUAGGCCACCGAUAGGCUUUGUCACCACCGGAUUUGUUCGAGGAAGCAAAAAGCCAGCAGCAGUGGCUUAUUGUGAAGCUGUGCUACUUGCUCGCCUUAGACAUGAACAAUGGAGUCGUGUGACCGCAAAGAAGAGGAGGAAGGAGAUAUUCGUCUUGGUCAGAAAUUUGAGGUCUACAGCAUAUAGACUUGCUCUUGCUACCAUUGUAUUAGAAAGACAAAACGAAGAUGUGGAGUCUCUAUGAGUCUAUAACAAGGUGUUAACCGCCAUGCAACUGCGUAUGGAGUUCCGGUCUUUCUGGUUUAGAGAAUUUCUGAGUUGUGUGAUGUAAUUUCAAUUUUGAAUGGGAAAUAGUCUCAUUAUUUAGAGAAAUGAUUUAUUAUUUCAAUUUUGAAUGGGAGAUAGUCUCAUUAUCUAGUGAUAUGAUUUAUUAUUUCCAUUUUGAAUGGGAAAUAGUCUCAUUAUCUAGUGAAAUGAUUUAUAAUUUCUAUUUUGAAUGGGAAAUAGUCUCAUUAUCUAGUGAAAUGAUUUCAUUAUUUCAAUUUUGAAUGGGAAAUAGUCUCACUAUCACCUUCUUGUUUC